AUGAAUCGUCGAAGGAGUGCAACAUCGUAUUCUCAUGUGAGGAAUCGUGAAGAUUCUGUUUUUACAACAUUUUUUGAAAGUGAAUACGAGAAGUCACGUGGAAUUAUUCGUAGAAGUGAUUUUUAUCAUUUAUUAGAGCGUCAAGAAGGUCAUUUAUCAUUUGCUUAUCAUUUUAUUGUUUUUCUUAUAUCGUUAACAUCACUAGUACUCGGUUCAUUAUCAACAAUCAAUGAACUUGUUAGUAAAAUUAAUGAACCACUCUAUUGGACUGAACUCGUAUUUUAUUUAUUCUUUUUUUGUGAAUUUGUUAUUCGUGUAUGGUCGGCCGGUUGUGUUACCCAAUAUCGAUCAUUUACUGGGCGUUUAAUGUUUCUUAAACGACCGAUGGUGGUACUCGAUAUUUUAACACUAAUCGGUUUUGGAAUUGCAAUAUUUAGCGGAUCAAAAUAUGCUGUUUUUCCACCAAUUACUUUAAAAUUAUUGCCGUUACUUCAAAUGAUAAGAUUUUUUAGAGUUGAUAGACAAUUAUUUUCAUGGAAAAUAUUAAAAGAAAUAAUUAUGCAACAUCAACAAGAGUUAACGGCGAGUAUCUACCUAGAAGCAUCUACAGUUUUUAUCCAAUUAGAAUAA